CAAGCACCGUCCAAAAAAUUGUAAAAGAAACAAUCAACCGCGGAAAUGGCACGUGAAAUCUUAACAUUCCAGUUGGGCAAUUAUUCCAAUUACAUCGGUACGCAUUGGUGGAACAUACAGGAAUCAUCAUUCAAUUAUGAUCCCAACGCAGAACCGUCCGAAAUCGAUCAUUCAAUCUUGUAUCGUGAAGGCCAAACGAGACAACGCCAGGUUACAUUUACACCACGGGUACUGAUGGUCGAUUUAAGCGGCACUCUCAAGCAUGUCCCACGUACCGGCGAUCUCUACGAACAACCGAUCGAUCCGGAACAAAUACCCUCCGAUCCUUCCGACAUUACUGACAUCGAAUGGGAAACUGGAAAGGUUGAGAUCAUUAAGAAGGAAAAGUCCGCUGAAAAGCAUCCUUAUCAGAUGGACCUUCAGGCAGGCAGUUCCGGAAGCGGUGAAGAGGCAGCAGAAAAGGAUUACAAUUUUUCCAAUACGGUUGAAAAUUGGAUCGAUUACAGCUACACCCGGUAUCAUCCGCGUAGCAUUAACAUCAUCGAACGAUACACACAUUCUAAGGAAGAAUCCCAGCUCGAUACGAUAACAAACGGCAUGGAACUGUGGAAGGAUUACGACUUUCAGGACGAUUUUACCGACCGUGUGCGGCAGUACAUCGAAGAGUGCGACGGUUGCCAAGGAUUUCAAACGCUGUUCGAUUGCUGUGAUGGAUUUUCCGGUAUCGCUAUGAAGCUACUCGAACAUCUGCAGGACGAGUAUGGCAAAGCAUCGCUCGUGUUUCCGGUUUUUCCGCCCAAGGCGCCAAUGUUUAAAAGUGCCGAUGAAGCCAUGAGCGACUCAAUACGUGUCAUUAACAGUGCGCUCGCGUUUGCACAACUAUCCGACCAUUGUUCGCUGUUUGUUCCACUAUCAACUAUGGGCCGCUGCUGGCGCAAUGUGGAUGAAGCGCGUCCGCUUCCUAAUCUUGUUUACGAUCCUGUAAAUUAUUAUCAAACAUCUGCGAUUCUGGCGAGCUUUUUAGAAACUGCAACGUUGCGCUACCGUUUGAAGGGCGCAGUUACGGGCAGUGCCGGCGGUUAUAUAUCCGGAAUGUGCAGUGAUUUAAAUGCUUACGGGCGAAAGAUGGCUGCCGCCGGAUUAGCUUUUCCAUUUCCGCUUGGAAACACGCAAGAUUUGAUAGACUGUCUCGAUCAGCUGGAUGGUAAAAGCUUAAUCGUACAGCUUUCUCCCAACGUAAAGGUACGCAAUCGUGCCGUCGUACAGUCUGUGUGCGUUCGGGGUUUACCACAGGAUCGUCUCAAACGACCACCAACGGCUAAGUCUGCUCAACGGCAACAGAUAAUGCCCGCGUACCGAUGUAGUAAUGUAAGCGAAAUAUUACAGUUUUACUAUUCUUGUAGUUUGGAGGUUAGCAUGUCGCACGUAACUUCCAUAAAAGCUCCCAUGACCGUUCGACAGCCGUUCCCGGUGGAACUGUUCGAUAAACGGGUAGGAUUCGACGGUUUCCUCACGGACUGCCCAUUAGCACAAGCAUCCAUGCCGUACGUGCAAAGUACUCCAGCAUUAGCUGCCAUUCAGUCGUCUUCCGAUUUAGGAGACGGUUUGGAUGCACUUCAUCGGGAAGUUAGUCGAAUUCGGUUAGCGAAAAUAGCUCGAUUCGCUGAGUGUGGUUUGGAAGAGGUGGACUACAAGGAAUCCAUCGAACGACUGCUCGAGUUUAAGGAGAAUUACGAUGAAAACUACGAACUGUAA